UGAAAAUAGUGUUUUUGUAGGAGCAUAUAAGAUGGCGACAAUGAGGGGAUGGUUGAAGCGAUAGAUAGAAACAGAACAGCAGUCACUCAAAUAAAAUCCAAAGAUGGGCGGUGAUUGGAGUUGGAGCAGGACGAAAUGGAUUGGGUUGGUGGCGGCGGUGUGGAUUCAAGCCAUCUCCGGCAACAACUACACUUUCUCAAAUUACUCCGACGCUCUGAAAUCCCUCAUGCAUCUAACGCAACUCCAACUCAACAAUCUCUCGGUGGCCAAGGACGUCGGAAAGGCAUUUGGGCUUCUUGCCGGGCUUGCUUCUGACAAAUUCCCCACUUGGAUCAUUCUCCUCAUCGGCUCCGUUGAAGGUCUCGUCGGUUAUGGCGUUCAGUGGCUAGUCGUCAGCCAAAGAAUCCAACCCCUUCCCUACUACCAGAUGUGCAUAUUUCUCUGCCUGGGUGGCAACAGCACCACAUGGAUGAACACGGCGGUUCUGGUCACCUGCAUCCGCAACUUCCGCCGCAACAGAGGUCCUGUUUCCGGCAUUCUCAAAGGCUACGUCGGAUUGAGCACCGCCAUAUUCACCGACCUCUGUUCCGCUCUCUUCACGAACGACCCUGCUUCUUUUCUCCUCAUGCUCGCUCUCAUCCCAUUCGUCGUUUGCCUCUCCGGAAUCCUUUUCCUCCGUGAGAUUCCUUCCGCCGCCGUCCAGGAUGACGAAGAGUCCACUUAUUUCGGGGUCUUCAACGCCGUCGCCGUCGCAGUCGCCGUUUACCUCUUGGCCUUCGGCUUCGUGCCUAACCCUAGCGCGUUGGCGUCUCGAGCUUUCUCUGUCGGUUUGCUUGUUCUGUUGGCGGCGCCGUUGGGAAUCCCGGUCCACUCUUACUUGAAGGCGCGUGGGUUGGACAAGAUCAGACCGGAUUUCGAGGGGCGGGGUGAGGAACCGUUGCUUCGCGGAAACGACAACGGAAAUGAAUGCCAGGUGGAGAGAGGAAAUGUGUUAGCGGAAGACGCGGAAGCGGAAGCGGUGGGAAAGAUUGGACCGGCGGUGGGGGAGGAGCACACGGUAUGGGAGGUGCUGAGAACCGUGGACUUUUGGAUUCUGUUCGUAUCGUUUCUUUGCGGGGUUGGAACUGGUUUGGCGGUUAUGAAUAAUAUGGGUCAAAUCGGGUUGGCGCUGGGUUAUUCGGAUGUGUCCCUCUUCGUGUCUUUGACCAGUAUUUGGGGCUUUUUCGGUCGGAUCGUCUCGGGUUCUGUUUCGGAGCACUUCAUCAAAAGAGGCGGAACUCCAAGACCCCUUUGGAAUGCAGGUUCUCAAAUAUUGAUGGGCGUGGGAUACAUACUGCUGGCCAUGGCUAUGCCAGGUUCACUUUACAUAGGCUCCAUUGUGGUUGGCAUAUGCUACGGAGUGAGGCUAGCCAUCACUGUGCCAACAGCCUCAGAGUUAUUUGGCCUCAGAUAUUAUGGACUCAUUUACAACAUUCUAAUCCUUAACCUUCCCCUUGGCUCUUUCCUCUUUUCUGGUCUCCUAGCUGGCAUUCUCUAUGAUAUGGAGGCUACCACCACCACAGGAGGAGGCAACACUUGUAUUGGACCUCAUUGUUACAGACUAGUAUUCAUUGUUAUGGCUGCAGCCUGUCUUAUCGGCUUCUUCUUAGACCUUCUUCUAUCGAUCAGAACCAAGAUGCUUUACAAAAGAAUCUACUUCACCAAAAACUCCAACAAAAACUCACUCACAUCAACUAGGCGAUGAUAUACCACGGUAUCACACUCUUUUCAUUCAGGUGCGUCUGCUGGUAAUCACAUGUCUUUUUGGGAAUAAAACCGGGUUAAUAUGGUUUCUACAUUCCUUGUGUGUGAUCUGAAGCAAUCAGGUUACAGUCGUAGAAUGUUUUGUUUUCAAGCAGCAGGGAGGGACAGAAUGUUGUCAAAGAUUUUCAAUACAUGCAAGUAUAUAUUUGCAAUUGCUUGUGUUCAUCUCACUCAACAGUAUUGCAGACUUUACUAAUACGAACCAAUGGAUCUCCUA